ACAGGCUUAGGAAAAAGUGAGACAGGUAUAAUAGUCAGUGUAGUGUCUGUAGAAAAUAGUGAAACAUGUUUAGUUGACUGUUUCUCUGGUUCUAGUAAUUUAUUCAUGUUAAGUUAGCUGACUUUUAUGCCAACUAGUCCUGGUCACUUUUUAUAGUUUUCACAGGUGUAAGAAGGUAUAUAUACCAAGCAUUAAUGCAACCAUGGUUCAGAGGAUGAUCUGGUCUGUAGGUCUCAUCAUGCUGGUUCAAAGUAUAGGGCUUGUCGUCGUAGGAGAAAAUGGUGCCACAGGUGUUCACAGCUCAUGCUUGGUCCCGGAGAAGAAGGAAUCACAACAUUUUAACGGACAACUUCAUCUGAGCUCCGUAAAAACCAGAUACACUUUUGAGGCUCACAACAACAAUAGUAUAACGUUUUACCAUAAUAUCAAUGAAACAAGCAAUUGCCAUAAUUUUUAUAACACAAGCUGUGAAUUCCGGGUGUUAUUGUAUGGAGGAAUUAACAAGACAAGAAGAUUUUUUGAAGGAUCCUUUAAUACUACCCUGCUACCCAUUGUUUAUAACGGAUGCCAAGCAAUUCCAUCAGCAACUCAAGUCAUCUUUCAUCUACCCAGUCUCCGUGAGAAUGAUACAGAUAUUUACUUCUUUUGCAUGGAGGUUGCUUAUCCCCCUCCUUACAUCUGCAAGUGUGACGAAGGCUCUAUCAUACAGGUCAAAGGAAUUUUCACGAAAAAAGAAGUUGUAGAAAUUCAGAAUCUGCCCCUGAGUCUUUUGAUAAUACUGGGAUGUCUUACAGCAUACAGCCUUAUAAUCACUACAUCAUUUGUAUAUAUUAUGAGAAACAAAAGAAGAAUGCAAAUUCAACAGAGUGAAUAUAUUAAUGUUGUCCCACGACGCCCAAAGAACCAUAAGCCCUGUGUUCCUUAUGCCACUAAUCCUGGUCACCCUUUUAAUCGCUGACAACUGCAUAUGCUGAGCAACUAUUCCAUCUGUCUGUGUUUACCAGGAUUGUUACAACAGCAAAACAGAAGUCUAUAUGCUGAUUAUCCAUAUCAAUGUUUUCUGAUUUAUUUUUUAUAUUAGUUUGAGAAGGUUAUCUCAUUUUCAUUAUCUAAUUAAGAAAAAUGGCACUUCAUAAUCUUCUAUGACAAUUACCUUUUAAAGUAAUACAUAAUGAAUGUUAUAUAAGAAAAAAUAUGUAUGCUAAAUCAACACAAGGCAGCAGUAAAUAAAAUAUAUAAAUUAAGAAAUAAUAAUUAAAACAAAUAAUUUAUGCCCUGUCUGGCAUAAAACAGAAUCUUUGGCAAUAAAUCUUAAUUGAAGGGAUUGACCCAUCUGGCCAUAAAUGUUGAGAUGGGACAAAGCCUUUAACAUAAUUUCUGGUUUCAUAUUAAGUGCACAUUAAUAUUCUCCUCUGCUGCAGAAAGUGGUGUUAAAAAGUAACAAACUUUGGCGCACGCUGCUGUUGCACAGGAUUUUUUGACCUUUUUGGGGAUUUUACUCAUUGGCGAGCAAUGAGGGGCCGGAGUAGGUGGUCUGUCACAUGUAUUAUAAUCUACACAAGGAAACUGGCCUAGAUUAUAGCAGAGAUCUAGACGAGCCCCAUUGCUGGUCUAAAUCUCUGCUUCGUUGCACAGACCUGCAAAAAUGCACCACAAAUAUAAAGAUGAAUGCAUCUAUUUAUAAUUGCAGUGCAUUGAAAGCAAGAAGGGGAGAGAUUAAGACUGGGAAACUGUAUGGGAAACUGAAAUCCUUGUUCUCAUAUAUAGUACUGGAGAUACAAGCACUAUUGUUGCCAUCAAAAGGGUGGGAACCUCAAAGAAACACCAACCCAAUUAUACGUCAUAUCAUGCAAUGGAUAUGUCACAAUGUGAUAACUUUUGUUAUAAACAGAAGCCAUUACAUCAGUGUUAACAGAACCUAAUAUGCAUUAUUAUUUAUUAUGAAAAGAUAUAUUUUUAUGACUGCAAAAAUGUAUCAUAUUUUUUUAAGAAUUAAUUUUUUAAUACAUUGCAUUAAAUCAAGAUUUGUCAUUGUCCUGUAGGAAUAAAAUGAUUUACAUUAAAAUAUGUCCCCAGAAAGAAAAAAAAAAUAUUCUCAUUUUCCUGUUCUUGUAGGCAUGCUGUCA